AUGUCUUCCGCCACACACAACCCACCGGACUUGGGGACAGUGUUCACGUGUGGGGAGGCGCACCAUCUCAGGCCAAGACGUGUGAAAACAUUGAGAAACCUUCAGGCUUCAGCCCUCCCCCACAGUGAAAUGACUAUAUACAAUUAUAAUAACCACAACCGCACCACCUCUAACCAUGACGACAAUGCAGCCAGCUCCAGCAACAACAAGCAGCCUGAACAACCGCAUUACCCGCCUUACGUACACACCUCCUUCCAAUGUUAUGGAGUUGAUGGCUGCGCAGGAGUUUUGAUUUACUUUACCCAGGUCCUCCUCCACCUUAUCCGCCUCAACCACCAACUCCAAAACCCAACAGCCACUAUGAUCAACUACCUGCCGCCUCUGCUUCUUGCAUUGAGGGAAACCAGCCUCUGCCACCACCGCAGAAACCUAUCUGCCAUGUUCUCUGCCACCACCGCAGAAACCUAUAUAUCUGCCAUGUUUGUCACCAGGGAAUCACCAGACCCCGCAACAUAUAUGGAAAAUAAACCUACAUAUCGGGUUUAUACAAAGGCGAAAACUGAUUUUUCUCUCACUAUCCGAGGCGGAAAAAUGAUUCUUGCUGCCUCUAACGCAUCUGAUCCUCUUCAGCAUUGGAUCAAAGAUGAUAAAUUUGGCAAAAACAUCAAGGAUGAGGAGGAUUUUUCGUCUUUUGCGUUGGUCAACAAAGUCACUGGACAAGCUGUAAAAUAUCCUAUUGGUGUAGCGUAUACUGUUCAGCUGACAAAAUACAACCCUGAUGAACUCGAUGUGGCUGUUCUUUGGAGUAACGGAUGUAGCUUGGGUGAUGAGUGUAAACAUGCAAGUUAG